CAUUCGCCAACUUGGUUGUUGUCGCAUUGUUCUUAACUGAUGAUCAGCCACCAUGGGUUCUUCACAGGACUUUAAGUCCGUACAGGAGAAGAUCCAGUCUGCUCUAGUCGCAACUACGAGGCUCACAAAUCAGAUAGCUGCCGAAGACGUUAAUUUCCAACGAACGAGCAAUCCCGAGGUCGAAGAGCAACUAGACGACGCAUCCGGCCGCCUGCUAGCAUUGGCCUCAUCGCUUCUCAAGUCUUCUACGAAGUCUACCGAUAUAAAAGCCCCGAACAUCGAAGAUAGCGACGAGAUCGAUGUACAAUGGUCGCGUAUCGUGGAUGUGGUCGAUACCCUAUUAGAGAAAGCCGACACUUGUUUAGACGAGUACACUGGUGUUAUCAAGCGAAAAGCUGCGCCAACCGAUCAGCCAGGCCCAUCAUCUAAGAAAUCCCGGUCGACAACAUUAGAAAACUCCAUGCGCCGCGCCGAUAUCACCAAACCACAACUCUUAUUCGAAGUCAAGCCAAACAAUUUCAGUACUGAACCAUGGAAACCCAUACUCACCACUAAGCCGCAUGCUCUCGUCUCUUUUGAAGAGAGUCUAGAGACAUUCAAAGAUGAGAACCAGACAACUCAAUAUAAACACCCCUAUGAGGCCGAGAUUCUCGAACUUGAAUACCCAGAGACCGUCUUCCAAGCAAAAGAACCUAUCAAAUACCAACCUGUGGAAAUGACUGCGGCCACAUUUGUCGAUACCUUCGAAGGCGUUUUAGAAAUGCUAGUAGAACUUAAGACAGCUACAGAGAUUGCCAUCGACACAGAACAUCACGAUUUCAGAACAUACACCGGUCUAUUAUCACUAAUGCAAAUCAGUACCCGUGAAAAGGACUGGAUUGUCGACACUCUUCAGCCAUGGCGUCGGAAGCUGGAGGUUCUAAAUGAAGUCUUCGCCGAUCCAAAGAUUGUCAAGGUGCUUCAUGGUGCCUACAUGGAUAUUCUCUGGUUACAACGAGAUUGCGGUAUUUAUAUCGUUGGACUCUUCGACACUUUCGAAGCAGCAGUAGCGCUACAGUACCCUAGCAGGGGUCUUGCCUACUUACUGAAGAAAUUCGUUGAUUUCGAUGCGGACAAGAGGUAUCAGCUGGCUGAUUGGAGAAUACGACCAAUACCCGAGGAGAUGUUCUACUAUGCACGCUCAGACACGCACUACUUGCUCUACAUCUAUGAUAUGAUGCGCAAUGAAUUACUGGAGCAAUGCUCACAAGACCCAGAACAUGGAUUGGUCCGUCAAGUUCUGGACAAAUCGAAGGAUACCUCCUUGAGACGACAUGAGACAUUUCCUUAUGAUGCAGAAGGUGGCCAAGGUCCAUCUGGUUGGUUUAAUCAGCUCAUCAGGUACUCUGCCGGGAAGUAUUCGAAAGAGCAAUUCGCCGUUUUCCGAGCCUUGCACAAAUGGCGAGAUGAGAUAGCACGCCGUGAAGAUGAAAGCACAGUUUACAUCAUGAAUAUGUCGACGCUCUUCAACAUAGCUAGGCGCAUGCCUCCGGACGCCAAGGCUCUCCAUAGCCUUCUUGAGCCUUCUUCGCCGCCCAUUACGAAACGUGAGGCAUUCAACCUAUCCAAAAUCAUUAAUAAAGCCAGAGUGGCCGGAGCAAAUGGACCAUCUGUUCUUGAUGUCAUUCGUAGCAACAAUGCAUCAUCUACAAUAGGUAUCGGCGAAGUCGCGAAGUCUGUCUUCCCCCAGCUCCGAAGCGAAAAUGCAGAAGUCCUAGGGACUCAAGACCUUGUUUCCCAGACUUCGAGACUAUGGGGUAAGAUUCCAAUGAGCAGUCGUUGGGAGGAGCCUUCUGCUGCCAAGACUUCAAGAAUAGUACAGUUUGAGCUUCCUUGGGCUAAAUUUGUGAAGUCGAGCAAACUCACAGAGGAAGUAGUGGUGCGACCACAGCGACCAGUGACGAAAGAGGAAGAUGUUAUUUCUUUAGAACAACCAGCUGAAGUUCCUCCUCCCGUUGAUCAGGAAUUUACCCUCAAGACCGGAUUAAAGCGUAAAGCGAUACAUGUGGCCUCGGAAUCGGACUCUGAUGAAGUUGACGACACACCAUCGAAACUAGAAUCCACCGCAGAUGAUUCACUUGGUGCCGAGGAAAUUGCAGUUCCUGACACGGAUGAUAGCGAAGACCAGAGGCGAGAAGAUAAGAAAUCGAAGAAAGCCGCCGAAAAGGCCCGUAAAUGGGCUGUUAAGGAGGAACGUCGAGCUAAAAAGCUCGCCAAGCGUGCUAAGAAGGAUGCAGAAGCCAGCGGCGUUGAGGCGUCAAGAAAUGGUGGAAACGAGGAUGAGGUUGAUGCGCCUUUCGACUACAGCAAGGCGAAGACAGUUCUCAAUGCCUCGAGAACAACUAAUAGUACCCCGCAAGCACCCAAGUUCAAUCCCUAUGGAAUGACUUCUGAGGGUCCGAAGCCCGCACGGAAGAUGCAUGGGGAGAAAGCUGGCAAGAGUCAUACAUUUAGGAAAUAAGGGCCUUCAAGGUCGAAAGGAGUCGUAAAUAUGACAACAACUAUUUCAUUCGGCGUUUGUCGGUAGCAUCUCUAUUAUUUUUUGCAUUGCUAUGGAGUUGAGGCCCUACAGGUCAGGCCCUAGGAUAACUAAGUUCUAGAAAUACCCCAAGGUCAUUACCUACCUAGGCAUUAGGUACUAGGUAGCUAUGGUGUUUGCGUGAAACAUAAAAUGCAUCCGAAUGAUCAC